AUGGUCGCCAUGAAUAUCUUCCACGAACCUUCAUUUGCGGAAAAGCUGUUGAAUGUUACUUCCCUUUGGCAAUUGACUGCACUUCUGGCUGCCAUAGCUGGGUAUGCCUCCCACUUCCUCAACCAUCGCGAGGGAGAUCCAAGUACCAAAACGCCUUACCAAUCUGAAUACUUUGUUGAUCUAGCCUUCCAUUACGUGAAUAAGGCACUUGUGGACUGUGACGAUGAAAUGCCACCACUUUGUCUUCUCCAAGCUCUUAUUGUUGCGACCCACUGUCAACUGGCCCAAGGGGUUCGUGGAAAGGCAUGGAGGUCUCUGGGGCUUUGCAUCAGAUUGGCGUAUGAAACCAAUCUGCAUGUUCUGGAUUCGAGAACCGCCGUGAACACGACCGAUCCUGAUAAGUGGCAAGCGGACGAAGAAAAACGCCGUGUUUUCUGGGCAAUCUGGGAAAUGGAUGUCUUUGCCAGUACGAUCCGUCGGACGCCAACUGCCAUUGACUGGAGACAGAUGGAAAUCUUGCUACCCGUUGAUAACGCUCACUGGUUUCAGGGUCAACCUACCCCAAGUUGCUUUAUGGACCCCGACCCAAAUCAGUGUUGGAAAGGGCUACAGGACAGUGGGAAUCAAUCACCAAAAGCGUGGUUCCUAGUCAUCAACUCAUUUAUGAAAAAAGCUCAAAGCAUUUCCGAUUCACAAUGGCCGUCCGCUGCCAGUAAUUUGGGUCACUACCAGCCGAAUCAUCGCACUCCCGACUCGAUUGAGGAAGGUCGCCAAAAGUUAGAGAUUUUGGCAAACGCAGUACGCUGCUUGAGUCUGGCUUUACCUAGCCACAUGCGUUAUUACGAUCAGUAUUUGGCUUUCGGUCCUCCAGUUCAAGGGCAAUUGGAGUCUCAAAGACAGCAGCAUUGCUCCAUCUAUAAUAUCUUUAUCAUGAUCCAGCUAGCUCGGUUGAUGAUUUACAGAUACGAUGCAUUCAAACCUCAAAGUCGUCGAUCCGAUCCCAACGGCUGUCCUCACCCUGAGGAUUUGAGCGUUGGGGCUACGCUCGGCCGGCAUGACAGCGAGAAUGUGGCACAACGGGAAUACUUUGAUGCAGCUGAUCGCAUCUUGAGGAUAGUGACCCAGAGCUGCGAGGAGCAUAUCAAGUACAUCAACCCCUUUCUUGCUAGCACCUUAUGGCUGGCAUCGGCAGUACAACUGGUUCGGAAACACUUUGCUCGAGCAGCCUCUAAUCGGAGCUUGAUCAAAUCACGGUUUGACGUCUUGUAUUUGACUUACAGGCGUUGCGUUGAUUUCUGGGGCACCAAGACCGCGCUUCAGCGGAACCUAGAGUCACUCGAAGAACAACUAGAAGCUAGAAAAAAACAACUAGAGACUCGCGACGCCCAGAACUUUCAAAAGUCCUCAAAACGGGCAUUGAAAGACGCGGGUAUGAUAUCCCAGCCUUUUCCAGGCCUCCAGGCCGACCACAUUGCGCGCCACGCGAAGAGAAAACGGACGUCUCUACAUGCUUCACAUCCUACAAAUAGGGACGAUCACGCCCUUCGUUUGACGCCAAGAAAGCCCAAAAACAACCCUCCUACUGAAUACAUACCUGAAACGCCUACCAUUCCGAUCGCCACUUCUACUUUACCCUAUGGUGGACUAGACAUGAGGGCUCAGAGCUAUGCGAAGCAGCAAUCGGCGGUGGCAGAUAGCAUGCCAAUUCUGGGGACGAUGCCUCUUCCACCUCCCGAUAGGAACCAUACUUCCGAGACCUACAUGAUGCCCAUGAGUCUUAAUCCCUUCGACACGCCUGAUUUGGGUGAUACGCAGCAAGACUUGAUCGUGGACUGGUGCAACCCUGAUCUUUCUGGUGACCUACAGGACUUGCUUGCUAGAUGGACUACAUACUAA